UAGACUGUGUCCGUAUAUUAAGAUGUAUUUUAAUGCAUACCGUUCAUAUUGCCCAGGAUCUGCCUUGUGAAACGAUCUGGUGCAAUGUGAACGUUAUGGUCUUCGUAGCGAACAGUUUCCAGGACGUGGAUGUAGUCAUCGUUUUUCGGGAAAUGGAGUCGUUAAAUGGUACAGAGGACGUAGCUCCUGUUGUAGAUAAACCAUCGCCACUCGAAGUCAGCGAUCGCGGUGCAAAGACAAGUGAGCCUCUUUCAGCUGCUAUGCGGGCAAAGAUCGAGCGCAAUAGACAGCGAGCGCUUUUACUGAGACAAGCCAGGCUCGCCAACAGGCCAGAAGGAGGAACCUGUGCCAAGGUUGCUAAAACGAUAGACUCUGGUGCAGGGUUUUUCAUUGAGGAAGAGGAGGAUGAGGCACAAACUGUAAAGAAAGUGGUCCACAAGCCAGCCCCGGUAAUGGAGACAGACUACCUGAUCUGUGACGACUGCAACAAGCCUUUCAUGGACUCCUACCUCAGCAACAGCUUUGACCUCUCUGUGUGCGACAACUGCAGGGACAACGAGGAGAAACACAAGUUGAUCUCGCGGACGGAGGCCAAGAAGCAGUACCUGCUGAAGGACUGCGACCUGGACAAACGGGAGCCGAUACUGAAGUUCACUCUGAGGAAGAACCCCCACAACCCCCAAUGGGGCGACAUGAAGCUCUACCUGAAGCUGCAGGUGGUGAGGCGCUCCAUGGAGGUGUGGGGGAGUCAGGAGGCGCUAGAGGAGGCCAAAGAGUGCAGGGAGGAGAGCCGGGAGACUCAGAAACAAAAGAAAUUCAACAAGAAGGUGAAAGAGCUGCGUCGAGCGGUCAGGAGCAGCUUGUGGCGGAAGGACACCAGCGCCCACCAGCACGAGUACGGCCCUGAGGAGCUGCUGGACGAGGAAGAGGACACCUACAGGAAGGUGUGCUCCACCUGCGGCCACCAGCUCACCUACGAGAAGAUGUAGCCCACGCCGGGUCUGCGUACAGCAGUCAAAGCCAGGCCACACGCUCCCUUCUCCCGGUGUGACGCUGUGGAAACCAUCGACUCCACACAAAUGACAUGCAGGACAUGGAAACUCAUGUAUCCGCAGUGUAAAUCUCCCAACCUCUGUAACUGUCAGGCUUUCUUUAGGGACCAUUUAUUGAAAUGCUGUAAACCGAACUGAAGGUGACUCAGGUCCAUGCUUACAAUCUCUCCACUUUGAGACUGUGUUUUCAGAUGGUUGUGAGUAUAAACUACGAGUACUGUCUUUAUUGUGAUUGCAAAGUUAGCCACAAUAAGGUGUUGUGCUCCAAUUCUUGAAAGUACUGUGGAGUUAUCUAUCUGACCUGGAUCAAUUACACAAUUGUUUUGGAUUCAAAGUCCUAACCAUGCCUUCUGGUUCUCUUGGUUGGCUCAAUUACUCCAGGCAAGAUCAAUCGAGAGCAGAAAGGUUUUUGAAUCCAAAACCAUUUAGUGUUUGACCCAGGUCUGCUAUCUAUGCUCCUUGCAUAUGAUUGAUGGAACAACUUUACAUGAGACAGGAUAUGUCCUGAAGAAGCAAUCCUGAAGAAGCAAUUACAAAUCCCACCCAAGCUGGGGUGUUAUGGAAAUAGUGCCUCAUUUCCAGGGAUUUUCAAACACAGGUAGACUCAGGUGCAGUGUGAUGUGCUAAAGGUGUUUACCUCAAAAAAUGAUCAGCAGGUCAUUUGAACUGAAUACGAGUUCCUGAAAACGGAACCAUUAUGAACUCAAGUGUUUGUGUACCAUUUUGUACAUCAAAUUCAUGCAGUAUGUGUUGGGCUGCACUUGUGGUUGGAUAAGCCUUUAGAUGUCAAGAUAUAAAACUAUUUAUUCAAACAUCAAAUCAGUGCGCCUUAAUGACUACAAUAAUCUGUAAUAGAAAGGAUAGUUACACUGUCUCCUUUUUGAAAAUAAAUGACAUUUUCACUCCA